CCAUAAGAGACAACAACACCCACUCUCUCUCUCUCUCUCUCUCUUCCCUUUUCUAUCUUCUUCAUAAAUGGAAUGACCUUUCUCCUCGUGAUCCCAUUUCUUCACAUUUUCUUUUUCUUUUAUUUUAUUUAUUCUUUUUCCUCCUAUCUUUCAAUCCAUUUUCUUUUCUUUUUUCCUUCUUCUUCUUCUCCAAUCAAGCCACAUAAUUUUGGAUCAAGCCCUAUCCCCUUUCUACGACAUUAAUCAUUGUAAUGUCGUUUGUGGUAAAAUUCUCUUUCUGAGGUAGCAUUCAUGUUUCUCUCCUUCAAAUCAGUUCAAACCUUUACGGAAAUUUUUUCAUUUAAUUCUCUAAUUCUUUGUUCAUUUAAUAACUAUCUCUUCUUCCUUUUGGUUUCAUAAAAAUAAAAAACAGAGCACCGCUGAGUUCGAUUUGAGGAUAUAUCAAUGGCAGAUCAACCUCAAAAGCCACCGCUACAGAAACCACCGGGCUAUAGAGACCCAACUACGACGCCGGGAAAGCCCCCGAUGAGCAGACCGCCGCCUCGAAAACCAGUGUUACCGGCUUCUUUUCACCACACGAAACGGCGUCGGAAUUGGUGUCGUACUUGCUGUUGCUUCUUCUUUGUUUUCCUACUUCUCCUAAUCUUAGUCCUCGCCAUGGCCGGUGGGCUCUUCUACCUCUGGUUCGACCCGAAGCUACCCGUCUUCCACCUCCAGUCGUUUCGGGUACCCAAAUUCAAUGUCACGGUCAAGUCCGACGGGACUUAUCUCGACGCACAUACCGUGACUCGGAUCGAGGUGAAGAACCCAAAUAGUAAAUUGGAGAUUUUCUAUGGUAAAACCCAGGUGAGUGUUACGGCAGGGGGAGAGGACACCUUGUUUGGGUCGCAACAAGUUAGUGGGUUCCUUCAGGGGAAGAAGAACACGACGAGUUUGAAGAUUGAGACGGCGGUGAAGAACCAAUUGGUGGACGAUGGGUUAGGGACGAAGCUUAAAAAUGGUUUCAAACACAAGGGUUUGGUGGUGGACGUGGAAGCUCGAACUCGGGUCGGGUUUAUCGUUCAAGGAUUGAAGGUUGGGACUGUGGAAGUGGAUGCAUUGUGUGGUGGAGUGAGCUUGAAGAAGCUUGACAGCGGUGACAUGCCCAAGUGCUCUAUCAAUUUGUUCAAAUGGAUCAACUUACAUUAUUGAUAUAUGGCAUUAUGGUUCACAUUCACAUAUGGAGGCUGUUAAUAGAAGAAGAGUAUAAUGUAUAAAGUACAUAAUUAUAUAUAUCAUUUUGUUUUGGAGCUUCAAUUUUCGGCUGGCAUUUGUACCUAUGCAAACCCCGGGUUGUUGCUAGUUUUAUUACAAAUAUUUAUGUUAUAAACCUAUACAACAUAUUCUUCACUUGGGAAAAUCAAAAGGAUAAAAAUAUAUUGUAAUUAAAAGUGGGAUUGGAUUUGUUUAUGUAUUGAAUUUUGGUGGUUGAACUUGAAUUGGUAAA